CUGCGGGAACGCGCCCGGGCGGCUCCGAGAAAAAAAAAAAAGCAGCAGUGAUCUCGGUGUGACAGCUCAGAGCUGUCCACGUCAACACACCGAGCGAGCACGGCAGCAGCAGCGGCGGCGGCGGCGGCGGCAGCGAUGGACUCCACGUCUCUGGAACCUUCCCUCUAUACAGUGAAAGCUGUUUUCAUACUUGACAAUGAUGGCAACAGACUUCUGUCCAAGUACUAUGACCCUGAGCUUUACCCCUCAAUGAAGGACCAGAAGAACUUCGAGAAGAAUGUCUACAACAAGACACACAAAGCAGACAAUGAGAUUGCUUUCCUCGAGGGGAUGACCAUUGUCUAUAAGAGCAGUAUAGAUCUCUUCUUCUACGUGGUGGGAAGUGCUCAGGAGAACGAGCUGAUGCUCAUGUCGGUACUGAACUGCCUGUUUGAGUCCCUCAGUCAGAUCCUCAGGAAAAAUGUGGAGCGCAGGUGUUUACUGGACAACAUGGACGGAGUGUUCCUUGUUGUGGACGAAAUCAUUGAUGGAGGGGUGAUUCUGGAGAGUGACCCCCAGCAGGUUCUACAGAAGGUCAACUACAGGGCCGAUGAAAACCCAUUAUCUGAACAGAGCGUGGCCCAGCAUAUAACAGAGAAACUGGCUCUCACCACUAACGUUCUGCAGUCAGCCAAGGAGCAGAUCAAAUGGUCCAUACUGAAAUGACAUGCACUAGACAAAUUUAGGAUUCUCAAGAUAGAAUCGUCUCUUGUCCCAAAGCUAUUUUUAUAAUAACAGACUAAAGGGAAGGUCACUACAAGCCUGAUGGCUAAUGGGCUGCUAUAUGUAGCAACUAACAAGCCGGUAAGAGGAUAUUAUUUGUAUGUGUGAUGGCAUUAUGUUACGUUGUGUGAGACUUGCAAUUAAUUUAUUGGGUUUGAGAGGGAAGUCAGUCCAUGGUCAUAUUGACAUAUAAUUUAACAGGCCAAAGAACACAAAGUCCAGUUGUCUUUUGGUUGAGACUGGGCAGGUAAUCGAGUACCAAAAUAAUCAAUGAAAAUACCGGAAGCAGGAUUAGUGGUCAAUGAUCUGUUACUUUUAUUUUGGUGGAGCAGGAUCUUCCACUCUUGUUUGCUAAAGACAAAAUAUCACAGUGGAAUUUAUUUGUUGUUUUGCAUAUUGUUGAUAAGCAACAUUUUAAAAUUUGGGGAAAAUUUUUUCCCCAAAAAUGUUACAUAUGCGCAAAAUUUAGGAAAGAUAAGAGUGCAUCCUGGAAACUGGUUUGGUAUUAGUACUUUACAUUCAUAUCAAUCUAAGCAUAAUCUGGAAAAUAAGUACACACACAGAAACAAACACUGCUACACCAAAUAUCUGCAAAUCCAAGCUAAAAACAUAAAUAUAACCAAACAUUAAAAUAGUUUCAUCAUUUGAACUAUUUCAUUUAACAAGGAUGGUGUUAAUUAACACAAUCUAACAUCAUUUGUGCACUGAAUGGCUCAGUUUGACAAAGUUUGUUGUUUUGACUGAGCUCCUUAAUCUGUAUAAAUGUGUUUUGUAAAGCUCAUGGAAAAGAAUGCAGUGACUUGUUAUGACACUAAGCAGAUGUUAGUACUGUUUGUUGGAGGCAAUACAUUACUGUUUCACUGUCAGUAAGACCCUUUUUUUUCUUAAAAUGCGAUUCCCUCAUGAAGGACAAUGAAUACCUGCCCAUAUAAUUCAUCUUUAUAUUCAAAGGGACCUUGAAGAAUCUGAAAUAGUCUGAAAUACUGCUUAUGAUUUUGUUUCUAGAGUUCCAAAUAAUAAUGCCUAUUUUCUGCAAGUUAAAUAUGUUAAUAAUUAUAAAAUAUUUUCUUAAUUGAAAAGAUGAAAAAAUCCAAACAGAUUAUUUUGUUUAUAUAUAGAUGUGAAACAAACUGCCAUUUUGUCUGAUAUAGGGUAUUUUCUUUGUCCAUUUGUAAGUCUGAUAAUAAAACUGUACAUUGGUUCUGGA